ACUGUGGAAAAGUUGGGUGUUUCCGUCAAUGCUGUUAUGGAUCGCCUUCUGCUUGAAGUGUGCAAAGAUGGAAUUACUCGGCAUUCAGCAAUCGUCAACAAGCGAGAAAAAAGAAAGAGGAAUAUUGAAAAAGCUCGCGAACGCGUUGCUCGUUUGAAACAAGAAAAAGAAGCACGCGAAGCGCAAGGAUGGGUGUUCAGGCAACCGAAAACUUCUGCUCAUCAUCCUGAGCCGAAACAGCAAGAUGUGCUAUACUUCAGAGCUGAAUCCACCAACAAUGAGUUAGGUCCACGUCAUCGUGGUGGACUUCUGCAGAAGGACUUUCUAUAUCCAUCGUUGAAGCGUGGAACAAAAGCGGAAAAGAAAAAGAAUGAGGAACUUCGACGAGCACGUUCACGUAGAGUUAUGAGUCAGUUAGCUGAGUCGACAUAUGAUCAGAUAGAAAAGCCCGUUAUGGCCAGACGGGGAUCUGCUCCUAGCAAAACCGAUCCUGUUAAAGUUUCCCGAGCAAGAGAACCUUCUCCAUUUGACCCGGAAAAACAGGAAAGACUUAGAUUAGAGGCUGAAGAACGCGAGAGGCAGAAACGAUUGACCAUGCCGGUUCGAAUCUGA